AAGUUGCUGUUAGUAGUUAUGAUAUAUCAUUAGAGCAGCAAGAGAAGGAUGUCAAUAUGUUAGUAGUAGAUUUGACCUCUCAAGAUCUGGAUUCAGAAAUUGAGUGCCAAUUGAAUAUAUAUUUAGAUCUCAAUGAUUCACAUAUUCUAAUAGAAGAAAAGCUUGAAAAUUCUGAAAUUAUUGAAAUUAUUUUGGAUGAAGCAAAUCAAGAUGAAAAUG